AUGUUGAGGAGCGCCCGGUGGCCCUCAAAAGGCGCGCGUGGCCGACGCUUUGUCGGUUGGUCGGCACUGCUUGCCUCCGCGCUGCUAUUGUCGCUGCUGUGCUUUUGCCUCUUCGUGGCGGUGGUCGACCACGGCGUGGAGAUGGCGCUGCUGGACCCUGGUACUGGUGCUGUCGCUGCUGCUGCUGCUGGUAGCGGCGAGCGGCCGUGGGAGAAGCCCCGCGACGCCACAGUUGCUGGCAUUGGGCCGCAGACGCUGGCGGUGUGUCGCGCCUCCGUUUGUCGGCUCUGUGACACGAUGCUGCUGCACAACGCCGCGAGUGUCGUGCACCCGGCGGUGCUGGCGUACAUCCGCCGCCACGUCGUCAUUGGGGUCGUGACGGGGUCGUACGAGAAGUUCUUCCGUGUCGACCUCUCGCUGUGCACAUGGAUGGGGCAUGUCCCGGCGCGGAAUCUCUUCAUUUUCACCGACGCCGCCAACACGUCGGAUGGGCGUCACGGCACGUGGAUCGAAACGGACACCACGGCGGCGUCGCAGCGGCUGCACAGUGGCAUGCUGCGACACACCGGGUACUCGCAGGGGUGGAUGCGCGCCCAGUACCGUUUCUUCCACGCCUUCAGUCAUUUUUCGCAGCUCGUCACACGCGGCAAUAGCAGCAACAGCGGCGGGGAUACCGCGUACCGCGACGUGCGGUGGGCUAUCGUCGUGGACGAUGACACGUUCCUUGACCUCCAUGCGCUUGUUCGCCUGCUGCACCGGCGUGACCUGAGCAACCUGGACCGCAUGGCCGCAGCGGCAAGGCAUUCUGAGCCACCGCUACUGCAAGAGAGAUGCGGCCGCUGGACGGGUGCAAGCGGGGGGGAGGUGGCUGCCUGCAUCGCUUUGCCAGAUUCAUGGGACCGUCUCCAGAGGAAGCAGCGCGUCAGCCGUGGUUUGCACGAUCGCGACAGCGAGGCGCUGGUAGUGGGCAGUCCUUUGUGGAACGCCACAACCGACAGGGCGCUGCUGGGCCCAGCAGCAGCAGCAGCCCUGGAUCCACUGUAUCUAGGUGAUCGCGGGUGGGGCGGCGCAGGGCACUACAUGAAUGUUGCCGCCUUGCGCCUCUUCGCGCAAGGCGGUGAGGAGAAGUGUGUGCAACGGUACCUCAUCCGCGGUGGGUUGGCGAGUGAUGCCGCGCUGCACCGCUGCGUGCCGUCGCUGGGCAUUCACCGCACAGGCGACGGUGUAUUGUCGCACUGCCAGGCGCGAUAUCUGCGGCACCACCUCCUCGGCGGCGAUCUGGUCAGCAUACACGCGAAGCGCGAUGUGGUGCCUCCCCCGCUGCUCGCGGUGUGGCGAAUGCGGCUGUACUAUCAGGUGUUGUAUCACCGCAACCGCACGGCCUACGACGUGCUGAUGCGUGUUGGGGCUUGUGCGUACGGCUAUUCGUGCAAGCUGCGCAGCUGCAGUCACGCGGAGGACGCAGCCGCUUUGAACGAGUUCAUUCGCCAGAGCGACAACAACACCCGUGUGCCGCUGUAUUAG